GAAAUUGGCCCCGGGCUCGGGGCUGGACUCGGCGAGCCGGGCGGAGUUUGGUGCGUGUGGUUGCCUGGCUUGGCGACAUGUCCCACGCGGGUGGCGGUACUGGUGGGAGUGAGGGGGAAGGCGCGGCUGCCGCCGGCUUGUUCAGCUUCAGCCCGGAGCCCACGCUCGAGGACAUUCGACGCCUCCACGCAGAAUUUGCUGCUGAGCGGGACUGGGCCCAGUUCCAUCAGCCUCGGAAUCUGCUCUUGGCCUUGGUCGGUGAAGUAGGAGAGCUGGCAGAACUCUUUCAGUGGAAGUCUGAUAAAGAGCCUGGUCCUGAAGCCUGGCCCCCAAAGGAGCGGGCAGCCCUUCAAGAGGAGCUUAGUGACGUCCUCAUCUACUUAGUAGCAUUAGCAGCACGAUGCCAUGUGGACCUGCCCCAAGCAGUACUCUCCAAAAUGGACACCAAUCGACGACGUUAUCCAGUCCAUUUGUCCCGAGGUUCUGCCCGAAAGUAUACAGACUUGCCCCAUGGGACCAUCUCUGAGGACCAGGCUUCAGGGCCUGAAGACCCUGCCUCUGACUUGAAAACCCAGGUCUCCACCUAGAAACCGCUUCUGAACAGCAGAUGGAACUUGUUCUUGUCCUUUCUUACUAAACUGUGGGUCUGAGGCCCAGGAGCCUCUAGAAGAUAGUUGGCUGGUGUUUUCUCUCCCAAUAAAAUGGUUUAAGGUAACAACUUCCAGAUUUU